ACCCCGUCUAGUAAGUUGUGUGUUGGCCUGGCAAGCAUGGCGUCAAGCAGCAUGAAAAUUCAUAGUUUGACUGAGGCUCUGAAAGUGCCGAGCAUUCACUGGAACAAAAAGCUGGGCAUGAUUGGCUGCCUGGCGAAAAUCUGCGAGAAGAGUCAGCGGAUACGGACGACUGUGAGCGAAGACGAAUACCUGAAAAACAUGCUCGCCUCACUCUGCUCCGUGCUGCGAUCCACCACAGAGCAGGAUGGCAGGGUGGCACUUAUCCAGCAAGCAACGCUGCUUCUACACGUGCUGACUACUGACAUGGCGCCCGGCGCACCACCCUGCGUCGGCCUGUUCUGGGACAUGGUGGUCGCACUGUGCGACGUUGGUCGCCCGGGAAAUAUACUGUUCACUGAGGAGGCGACCGUCGUGUGUAAGAGUCUUCUACUGAACAAGAAGCUCGUUGGUCGCAUCGCAACGCUUGCAGAUAACGGGCGAGCAAAUGCUCACCAAGUGAAAUUCGAGGUGAUCGAACUAUUCGACACUAGUGGCGAUGAGGAUGUUGACCUCGUGCAGGUGCUGAUCUCUACUGGUGCGGCAUGGAGGUGCUCGUCUGCGAGGCGUGGUUGUGGAGCAGAGGGGGUGGCUGCUGCUGGAGACACUUCUGGGGAAGAGGAGGAGGAGGAGGCUGGAGAGUGGAUGGAUGUGACGGUGGUAGAUGUCAGCGACGCAUCACAUUUCACCGUAAAGCUGGGAGCAGAAGAGGGUCACAGAACCUGCAGGCUGCGAGGAGUGUUGCCAAGUAUUGAUGUAAAGCUGGUGAGGAACUGCACAGCGAUCAUCAGAAAUGUGUCGGAGCUUGUUGCUAAAACAGGGAAUGACCAGACGUACUUCAAAAACCGAGAUCUCAUGGACAGCCUGGUGAAGCUUCUUUACUACCCCGACCUUGAUGUGAAAUCUCAGGUGGCAGCUACAUUUGCCAAUCUAGCGACUUCAGCGGCUUUUGCAAAGAACUUUCUCGGAAACUCGAGCCUCGUUCAAGCUAUAGUCGAUUUGGCGAGAGAGCACUUUGAAGCAGCGCCAGACAAGCAGUGGGAUGACAUACUUCACCUUAGCAUCGUGGCGAUGUGCAACACCAUGAUGGCGUCCCGUCACGCCCGGCAAAUUUGCUCAAUCAGCCAGGGCCUUCUGUUGUUUAUGAAGAUUGUGGACAAACUGCCGUCUGGUUCGUCAUUAGAGAAUGCACUUCUGACGACAAUCCGAGUGAUGUUUGGCGUAGAACCGAAGGCCAUAAUGGAUGUAUGCGACAGGUCGCCUCGUAAACCUGACAUGCAGACAAUGAACCCCACAAAGUCCGUGUUUCAUCAGGCCAGAAUGGAGCUUGGCAGUGAUGACGAUGAUGACGGGAGGUUUGUGGAUUGCAGUGUUGGUUUGGGUCCAUCAAAGCGCAAGUAUUACGUCGCUGGAAGCAGCAGGGACAUCGAUAGUGACUGUCGCAAUGAGGUUUGCGAGGCACCGUCCAUCGAGAAGGUCUCGCAGACCGAAGUGUGCCGGCUCGUCUGCGGGAUGCUGAACUUGGGGCAAGGCGGUGUGAUAUACUGGGGCAUGGACAGUGAGAAUAAGGUGAGGGGCAUGCAGACUACUAGCCAGCAGCGAGACGGCUUCCGGUGUGGGCUGGAUCGACUCCUGAACGACAACUUCAUACCUACAGUCAAGCACAUGCUUUAUCAGGUAACAUACACUAGUAUCACCCAUACUCAGUAAAUGCUCUACCAGGUAACAUACACUAGUAUCACCUAUAAUCAACACAUGCUUUACCAGGUAACAUACACUAGUAUCACCCA